AUGAAGGUCGCUCUCCACCUCCUCCUUCCCCUCCUCGCUGCGGCUUCGCCCAUCGUUAACGUCGAGAUCGGCACCAUCCACAAAGAUGCCGCUCCCGUGAUCUCAUCCGUUCAUUCCCAGGAGAUCCCGAACUCCUACAUGGUCGUCUUCAAGAAGCACGUCAAGGAGGAGCAUAUCCAGGCACACCAGUCUUGGGUUCAAGGAAUUCAUACCAAGGGCGAGUCCACUCGCAUGGAACUGAGGAAACGGUCCCAGUUGCCCAUCGUUGACGAGGUGUUUGAGGGCUUGAAGCACACGUAUAACAUCCCCGGCAGCUUGCUCGGGUACUCGGGUCAUUUCGACGAUGAGGUGAUCGAACAAGUCAGACGGCAUCCGGAUGUCGAAUAUGUCGAGAAAGACUCGACCGUCCACACCAUGGAGACCCAGCCGGAGAUCGAGAAGAACGCUCCGUGGGGUCUCGCUCGUAUCUCCCACCGUGACAGCUUAGGCUUUGGGAACUUCAACAAGUACCUCUACACCAAGAACGGUGGUGAGGGCGUCGAUGUCUAUGUCAUUGACACCGGCACCAACGUCGACCACGUCGACUUUGAGGGUCGUGCACACUGGGGCAAGACCAUUCCUUCCGGUGAUGACGACCGCGAUGGCAAUGGUCACGGAACUCAUUGCUCCGGUACCGUCGCCGGCAAGAAAUACGGCGUUGCCAAGAGUGCCAACGUCUACGCCAUCAAGGUGCUUCGUUCCAACGGCUCCGGCAGCAUGUCCGACGUGGUCAAGGGUGUUGAGUUCGCUGCCGAGCAGCACCUCAAGCAACUCAAGGCCGCGAAGGAUGGCAAGAAGAAGGGCUGGAAGGGCUCCGCCGCCAACAUGAGCUUGGGCGGUGGCAAGUCCCCCACUCUCGACAUGGCCGUCAACGCCGCCGUCGAGGCCGGCAUCCAUUUCGCCGUCGCCGCCGGAAAUGACAAUGCCGACUCCUGCAACUACUCCCCCGCUGCCGCCAAGCUGGCCGUCACUGUCGGUGCCUCCACCCUCGCCGACGAGCGUGCGUACUUCUCCAACUACGGCAAGUGCAACGACAUCUUCGCUCCCGGCCUCAACAUCCUCUCCACCUGGAUCGGCAGCAAGUACGCCGUCAACACCAUCUCCGGCACCUCCAUGGCGUCUCCUCACAUCGCCGGUCUCCUCGCCUACCUACUGUCUCUGCAGCCCAGCAGCGACUCCGGCUAUGCCGUCGCGGCGAUCACCCCCAAGCAGAUGAAAGCUAACCUCAUCUCUAUCGCCACCGAAGGUGUCCUCGACGAUGUCCCCAGCGACACCAAAAACAUCCUCGCCUGGAACGGCGGCGGUGCCUCCAACUACUCCGACAUCAUCGACGGCGGCGGCUACGACGCCCGCACCGCGUCCCUACCCACCGUGGGCUCCCUCCCCCCCUCCCACGGCCUCAAUGCCGAGGCCGACGAAUACCUCGAUCUUCUCGGUCACCGCGUCUCCUCCGGCGUCACUGGGCUCGCCGACCGGUUCGAGAAGCUGGGUGAGAAGAUCGAGGGACUCGUCGAGGAGGAGCUGAGGGAGAUCUUCAGCUCGCAUUAA